AUGUUGGUACUAGACAUAGACCAUAGCCUCCAAUAUUACCGUUUACGCUGUGAUACAAACACCGAGUUCACCUUGACAGUAAAGAAACAAGAUGUUUCCAGAUUGGUUACAAUCCCAAAUGACCAAAUUAGAGUGAACAUUGAGCUUUUGAUUAACAACAAGCCAUUCCCAGUUGAAAUCGCACAACAAGUAACUAACAAAUUCCAAUACAUUUUCAAAUUUUCCAACUACAAGGUUGAUCGCAAUUGCAAUGGAUUCAUUGCAAGAUGCCAAUACAUGGCUGAAAGAAAUAGGCUUCAGAAAAAGACACCACUUGUUGCAACUAAGAUGUCAACUAUUGAAAUGGAACUUUUCAUAAAUACCGAGUGUCAACAAAUCGAGUAUGAAACCAUCAUCUCAAAAACAAAUUUAUUAUACACAGCCUACUUUAUUGAUGGAAUGUUACAGUACCCAUUCAUAUUCUGUCCUAUUGCAAGAGCUAAAAUGGGGAGCUUGUUCACUCAACCAACCGUUCCCAGAAUAGAAAUUGAGUCAGAGAGACAGACAAAUUUGUCAGUCGCUCCAGCCAGAUUCAAACAUCGUCAACCUUUCAAAACAAAAAGAUGUGCAACUUUUGCUUCUUUGCAAACCAAGAUUACUGCUGAUAUCGUUGCAAGAGAGAGACAAAGGUAUUUCAACUUCUUGAAAAGUUUUGAGGUUAGCAAAGAGGCUCGGGAGGAAUACAGUUUGGAGCCGAAGAAGUUGUAUGAAAGGUACCAGAGACAUUACUCUCUUGCUAGGUAUGCUAAAAACCCAACUGGUUAUUUGAAAAAAUGCAGGAAAUGUGGUUUGACCCCCAAUUUUUUGGCUUUUGAGUUGCCAGGGGUGGCAUGUGUAUCAAAUUGUGUAUUUGAUAAAUAA